AUGGAUAAAGAAGUACAACAGCUUGUAGAAAUGGGAGCCACCGUUGCCCAAGCACGAGCUGCACUUCGACAGUAUAGGGACGUCAUGCAAGCUGCAGAAAGGAUUUUCGAAGGCAAAUUCGACGACGUUCUUGAGGAGCGUGUCGAAGGAACAUCUAUGGACGUAGAACCUGCCAAGGCCACCAGGAUGACCACACCUGAAUACGACGAGGACGACGACCAUGACAUGGGUGAUGAAGAUGAAGAUGAAGAUGGAGAUGGAGAAGAAGAGUUCGUAGCUUACGACUCAGACGAGGAUCCGGUAGCCGUGAAGAGUGGCUCGAGACCUAAUGUAGAGUCUGAUCCCUACGCCGGUAUAUUUUUCUCCAAGGAUCGUCGUGAAGAGGUCAUUGAAGUAGAAGAAGAGCCCGAAAUCGUGACUCUCCCCGAUUUUAACGCGUCUAUCAAACUCAUGACUCAGGGUCAAUGGAUGAAAGGCUGCCCAGAGGGAGGAGAGCAAAGUUUCCUCUUUGCGCUGUAUUCUCAGUUAAGUGGCGGGAGUUGUCCAUGUCCUCAAGGCUGUGGCGCAUCUGUACCUCGUAAGAAAAGUGAUCUCUUUGCCAUCUUUCCUCAGUUUUCUGACUAUGUCCAGCGCCUACGGAAAAUCGUUCCCCAAACCUGCCCACGAUGCCACGCGGAAUUCUGUUUAGCAUGUGGUGAAUCAGUCUUGUCGGAUAAGACCUCUCGACCCUCUUCCGUCCAGAGUCUUGAUGUUCUUUUCCAUUGCUCCAAUCUCCAGGGCGUCGUCCUUGGGGUUGGCCUUUAUAUGAUCGAACAAAUGUUCACAGAACAGAAUGGUGCCGCUGUCGAGAAUAAGGAAAACAAAGUGCGAGUGACCAAAAAGCGUAAGACGGAGACCGCCGCCGACCCGGAUGACGAAGACGAUGUGUAUUACGGUGCUGUGAAAGGAAAGAAACAGAAGGGCGGUAUCGGUUAUGCUGGUAAUCAGAAAGAAGACAAUUCUGGGCAAGUGGAAGCUCAAGCCCAGCAACUUCUAAAGGAUGAAAAGAUUGGCACGCUUCUUACGCAAGUUCGGACCUAUCUUCCUUCCUUACAUCGACCAGGGGGGGCACGCACGAGCGAUUAUUUGGUUCAUCCCACCGCGUUAGCGCAUCUUCGGAGACGGUUCAAUUAUGUUUGUAGUUCCCUUCUCCGGAAUGACUCCCUCGCGGAUAUGUCUGAUCGCUCCGUUCUCUACUUUGAACUUUUGGAAUGGCUCGAGACCAUAUCGAAUCACGAAGCGCUAGCCAGCAUGAUGGCCAUGCCAAUCAUGGCGAUUGCUUCUGUUAAGAAUUUUUCGACCAAAAAAGCCGGAAAAUUUAACUCUCCCAUUCGCGAGCGAACAAUCGUUUACGAGGGUAGCUCAAGCCCGCGCGAGCUAUUGGAAGGCAUAACAAUUCAGGCGCAAGCGGCCAUAAAGGGACUAGAGGGUAUGAGGAAGGUCGACGAUGCGCCUCAGGAGCUCACUGAAGAGCAGAAGCGAUUGACUGUGGAUCCGAAGGGGAAAACGAAAGAGCAGGAAGGAUUCAUGUCCGAAGAGAAUCAGAAGUUACACAGUUUCUGCAAGAGAAUAUUAGCCACCGUUGCAAACAUUGACAAGGCUUUGAAGGAAGUGAAAGGGGAAGCUUUCCUGACUCGACUGCAGUCCUCGUUACCAAAAAUUGCCUCGUCAGCAGACCUAUAUGUACAACCCGGGGAGACUGAAGAAAGCGCGAAGAAAGCCUAUUUAGAAUGGGCGACCUCGGCGCGCUUUGAGUAUUGCGAUCUUUCUGUUCCCUCGAAGAAUGCGGGUGAAGACGAAAGCCCGUCAUAUAAAUUUUACUACAACACCGAAGCCCGAAUGCUAGCCAAUUCUGACAUACCGAAAAGAAGUCUCGCCAUUGCGAAAGAGCUUGCCAUCCUCACCAUGAACUUACCUGUUGCAUGGGAUUCCUCAAUUUUCUUGAGAGUUGACGAAACCAGAGUCGAUAUCAUCAAGGCAUUGAUCACAGGCCCAGAGGGAACACCUUAUUACAAUGGAUGUUACCUGUUCGAUAUCUUUUUAGGUCCUUCUUAUAAUCAAGCACCUCCUUCGGUCAAAUACAUGACGACUAACGGCGGAAAAUUCCGUUUCAACCCCAAUUUGUAUGCCGAUGGCAAAGUAUGCCUCUCUCUUCUCGGUACAUGGAGUGGCCCCGGAUGGGUUCCCGGGAAGUCGACUCUCCUACAAGUGUUGAUCUCGAUUCAGUCUAUGAUCCUCUGCGAUGAGCCGUAUCUGAAUGAACCGGGAUGGGCUUCAGGCGGCGGGUCGCCACAAUCCAAAGCCUACUCUGCUAAUAUUCGUCGCAUGGUGGUGAAAACUGCGAUGCUCGGAAAUCUCAAGAAUCCACCGGAACCGUUUGCGGACAUCGUACGCACCCAUUUCCGGCUCAAAGCAAAGUCCAUACUUGCUCAGCUUGACCAAUGGCUUUCUGAAGAUGACAACAAAGUUACUAUGGGAGAUGGCGCUAGUGUUACUGGAAGCAGGACGGAGACUACCAGUGACAACGGGUUGAAGAAGGAUAUUGAUGAGAUGAAGGCACUUUUGCGUCGUUUAGAGCAAGGAGAGAACAUCGACUAG